UAUACAGCUUUUGCAUAUCGCAAUUUUUGAACGUGAUACUUAACGUGAGAACAGCGGAUGAUCUUAGCGAAGGAUUGUACAUGUUCAUUGCGUCUAUCCUUGCUUGUUGCAAGAUAGCCACGCUUCUGAUUAAUCAUAAGGGUAUUAAAAUAUUGGUCAGAAAACUCGUGAAAGAACCUUGUAAACCUGAAGAUGACCAUGAAUCGACGAUUCAGAACAAAUUCGACGAAAGCAUCGGGUCCAUGACAAUUUAUUACACAAUCUUAGUGGAAAUCACGGUCGUAUGCAUGAUCUUAUCCUCGGUGUUCACUGAUUUCAAAGACAGAAAAUUAUUAUACUCAGCAUGGAUACCAUUUGAUUAUUCAACCUCGAAUCUCUAUUACAUAGUAUACCUUCAUCAAGUUGUCGCUCUAAUUGGAACAUCGCUUCUCAAUGUAGCCUGCGAUGUAAUCGUUUGUGGAUUACUGGUCCAUGCAUGUAGUCAACAAGAGAUUUUGAAAUACAGAUUAAAAGGAAUGAUUGAGAAAUCGAAUGCGAAUAUGGGAAAAAUCGUGCGUUUUCAUGACUACUUAUAUGGAUAUGCAGCUAUGGUGCAAGAGAAAUUUAAAAUAAUCAUCGGUGUCCAAUUGGUAUCCAGUACUCUAGUAGUGUGUUUUAUCAUGUAUAAAUUAACAAACACACCAAUGAGCUCGAAAUACCUGCAAUUCGUUCUCUACAUGGCUUGCAUGAUGUCACAGAUAUUUUUUUACUGUUGGUAUGGAAACGAACUCAAAUUAAAGAGUGUCGAGAUGGUGGAUGCAAUUUCUGAAAUGGAUUGGAUAUUACUUGACAAGAAUAAUAAGAAAAAUUUGAUAAAUAUAAUAAGGAGAGCACUGAAUCCAAUUGAACUAUCCAGCGCAUACAUGUACACGAUGGAUUUGGACACCUUCGUGAGCAUACUGAAAAUGUCUUAUUCGGCGUACAAUUUACUUCAAAGGACGAAAGAAUCGUUUGUAUUCACGCUAAUUAAUACAUCCAUGAUCCUUCAAAUCAUGGACCUGGUGUUAAUCGUGGAAAAUCAAGACGAAUUAAGUGAAAAUAUCUUCCUGAUGCUAACGAUGUUGGUAGCUUGUCAUAAAAUGUACAGCAUGCUAAUGAGCCGUAAGAACAUCGCUGUAUUCAACGAUAUUUUGGAAAAUGAACCUUUUCAACCGGAAAAUGUGGAAGAAAUAGAGAUUCGAGGGAGAUUCAACAGGAGGGCUGAAAUACAAGCAUAUAUUUACACGGUUGUAAACGAAAUGGCAGUGAUAUUCCAUUCGUAUAGCGGUUUGUUAAAGUCAGAAAAAUUGCCAUACAGAAUGUGGUUACCUUACAAACACCUCUCGUUAACGAUGCUCAUUUUUACUUACAUUCUGCAAGCUCUAUCUUUGAUGAUCGGAUCUUUGGUACACAUCGCCUGUGAUAAUUUGAUCUGGGGCAUGCUGAUUCACACUUGCAGUCAAAUUGAGAUUCUUGGAUACCGUCUGAAGGCGAUCAAACCGAGCGAGAUUGUUUCAUUGAAAAUUGAAUCGAGUGCGAUGCAAUUGUUGCAAAGGAUAUUUCAGCUACUAGCAGUGUGCGGUUGUUGGCAACCACCCUCUUCGACACCGCCCUACAAAAAAUUCCUCUACACCGUCUAUACUGUGAUUCUAUUUAUAUUGUUAAACGCUAUAACACUUUUACAAUGCCUGGACUUGAUACUGGUCGUGGAAAGCCAAGAGGAAUUCAGCGAUAACAUUUAUCUAACGUUGACGAUGUUGGUUUCGUGUCAUAAAAUGUACAGCAUGUUACCGAGCCAAAAGAACAUCACUGUUUUAAUUAAUAUCCUGGAGAAGAAGCCUUUUCAACCGGAAAAUGAGAAAGAGAUGGAGAUUCGUAAGAGAUUCGAUAAGAGAGCCCAAGCAACAGUACAUAUUGCCUGUGACGCUUUAAUAUGGGGUCUGUUCAUUCACACUUGUUCCCAGCUUGAGAUACUUGGAGCUCGUCUGAAAGCUAUCAAGCAAGGAAAUAAUCAGUCCGCAAAAGCGUCUGCUCGUUACCAUGAUCGAGUCUAUCGAUUCACCAGAAUGAUAAAUGAUGAAUUUAAGAUGAUUAUUUUUGUUCAGUUCACCGUAAGCACAUUGGUGGUGUGCUUCACCCUUUACAUACUUGUAAUAACGAAUGAUAUGAAUACAAAAUUUGUGAAUUUAAUAAUGUACGCGUGUGCUAUGCUAGUGCAAAUAUUCUUCUUUUGUUGGUACGGAAAUGAAGUAAAAUUAAAGAGCAUUGGAAUUUCUGAUGUGAUAUUCGGAAUUGACUGGACACAAAUGAACAAUGACACUAAAAGAAUUCUCUUGAUGAUUAUGAGACGUGCCACAGACUCCAUUGAAUUCACUAGUUUUCAUAUUGUGACUCUGAAUUUGGAAUCAUUCGUAAACUUACUUAAAACUUCUUACUCGGCGUUUAAUGUGCUUCAAAGUGGCCAAGGAUAAUACCUAGGACCGACACGAAUCACUUUAUCGUAGAAGCAUGGACAUUCCCCGAAUCGAAGAAAACUACUCGUUAAAAACACAUAUGUAUGCAGUGCAUUGAACGUAGAACGAAACCAUGUAAGAGCGGGUAGUAAUAAAUUGUUCAGAACAGCAGUUACAUACUUACAGAAAGUAACCUGUCUUAUAUGCACCACUUCUUCCAUCUUUACUUUACCCAUCGACACUUUGAAAUUAUUUGAGACAUGCUUCAAACUAUUUACCAUUGUUUCCUGAUGAAGGAGUUAACUGCAAUAUUCUAAUCCUUGCAAACUAUCAAGAAUCUGCAAUUAAAAAAUACAUA